UACAACAUUUUGAUUAUUAAAGAAAUUUGGUAAUGGAGUAUCUCGUGUCAUUCAAGUAUGAAGAGAAAACUAUAGAGCGACUUCCAGUCGUUCACGUGGAUAACAGAACCGGUCACACGCGCCACCUCCAUAUUGCAUAAGGCCAAAAUUGGCUCGUCAAAAAUGUUAAGCUACGGUAGAGUUAUAGGACGAUUGCCAAAACUUGCAAGACAUUCGCGUGCUAAUCACUUUUCUCGACCUUUAAAAUAUAUUAGAAUUGUCAAUGUUCAUAACUUAUGGUAUAGUAGUAAUACGAAUGACAAAAUAUAUAAGCCACCAGGGACCACCAUAAAACCAGAAGAAUGUGUACCUGAAAGUAGGUAUUCUAAACCAAAAAGAACUGUUCCUAUAUGUGAAUCACAUCCUAAUGCAUCUUGUCCACCGUCUUGUUAUGAAGUUUGCGGCAAACCAGAUAAUUCACAAAAGUCAAAUGGCAAAAAGCCAUUUCCACCAUAUUGGAAGAUAUUGACAACUUUAUUCAUAGCAGGAGUUACAAUAUAUGCGAUAUCUUCUUCAAAUUGGAUUACUACAAAGAAAACAGAUUCUCAGGGAGAUGUAAGUAAAAGGAAAAAGAAUGGAAGGAGAAAUAGAAGAUCAUUUGAAAAAACUAAAUCACCACCUACUUCUAAAUCAUUCCCUUCAGAAAUACCUUAUCUUUUAAUAGGAGGAGGAACAGCUGCAUUUUUUGCAUUUAGGUCUAUUAAAUCCAGAGAUCCUAGAGCUAAGGUUUUAGUAAUAACAGAAGAAGAAGAUUUACCAUAUAUGAGACCACCAUUAUCCAAAGAGCUUUGGUACAAUAGAGAUGAAAAAGUAGAUGUACAGUUACUUUUUAAGCAAUGGAAUGGUGCUCAGAGAAAUAUAUUUUAUGAGCCACCCGAGUUUUAUUCAAAUGUCAGUGACCUCAGUCAAUCUGACAAAGGUGGUAUAGCUGUAGCCACAGGUUGGAAAGUUACAAAAAUUGAUGUUCCAAAUAAGACUGUGUUACUUGAUGAUGGUUAUGAAAUGAAGUAUGAUAAGUGUCUUAUUGCAACUGGUGCAUCACCAAAAAAUCUUCCAGUUUUUGAGUCAAUUCAAGGUGAUCUUAAACGUAAAAUUGCAACCUUUAGAACAAAAGAAGAUUUUCUUGAUUUAGAAGAUGUUGUGCAUAAUCCUAAGUAUAAAAAUAUAGUUAUAAUUGGUGGAGGAUUCCUUGGAUCAGAACUUGCUUGCUCACUGGCCCAUAAUUUAUCCGCAGAUAAGAAAGUAUAUCAAAUAUAUAAAGAGAAAUUUAUAAUGGAUCAAGUAUUACCACAAUACCUAAGUGAAUGGGCAACAAAAAAAGCAAUAUUAGAAGGUGUUAAUUGUAUUUCUAAUUCUGAAGUAGAAGAUUAUUCUUAUAAAAAUGGACAAUUAUCGCUCGUCCUUUCAGAUAAUCGCGUUAUCGAUGCUGACCAAGUUAUUGUAGCAGUAGGCAUUGAACCAAAUACUGAUUUGGCAGAAGUUUCAUAUUUAGAAACACAUCCUGAAAUAGGUGGUUUCCUUGUUAAUGCAGAAUUAGAAGCAAGGAGUAAUCUUUGGGUUGCUGGAGAUGCAGCUUGUUUUUAUGAUAUUAGACUUGGUAGAAGAAGAGUAGAACAUCAUGAUCAUGCUGUAGUUUCAGGAAGAUUGGCAGGAGAAAAUAUGACUGGUGCAGGAAAACCAUAUUUACAUCAGUCAAUGUUUUGGUCUGACUUAGGAUCAGAAGUGGCUUAUGAAGCAAUUGGUAUUGUAGAUUCAUCACUACCAACUGUAGGAGUUUUUGUUAAAACAGCAGAGUCUGAUAUUUCCAUAACAUCUGACAAUAGUUCCGUUGAUACUACUCAAUCUUCAACUAAAAAGAAAUUGAGUGUAACACAAAUUCAAAGUUCUGUACAAUCAAACUCAGAAAAAACUGAUAAAUCAUAUUCUAAUGAUAUAAAGCUGCCAACAGAAGAAUCUAAAAAAUACGAUGAUUUCGGGAAAGGAGUCGUUUUUUAUUUACGUGAUGAUAUUGUGGUUGGCAUAGUUCUUUGGAAUAUCUUUAAUCGCAUAUCUAUCGCUAGACAGGUGCUUGCUAGAGGCACAAAAUAUGAUGAUCUAAAUGAAGUAGCAAAACUGUUUACUAUACAUGAUGAUUGAUUCCAUUAAUGCAAAAAGUACAUGAUUGCACUGUGUCAUUAUUGUAUAUAAGAUUAUUUAUCUAUCAGUUCUGAAACAUUUUACUAAUAAAAAAAAAAGGUCUACAACUGAUAUCUUAUU